UCCAGUCUUCCCCAGUUCCUCCUAUACCCAUAUCUCUCGACUCUCUCCCUCUGAAACAUAUAUCCUAAAGUCAUGAAAAACUUCAAAGCCUCCUUGUCCUUCUUUUUUCUUUUAGUUGGAAUAGCAUCAGCUCAGUUGUCCUCUACUUUCUAUUCCAGCUCAUGUCCCAAUGCCCUCUCCACCAUCAAAUCAGCCGUGAACUCAGCCGUUUCAAGCGAGGCUCGCAUGGGAGCCUCCUUGCUCCGCCUCCAUUUUCACGAUUGCUUUGUUAAUGGAUGCGAUGCUUCUGUACUGUUGGAUGACACAGCCAAUUUCACCGGCGAGAAGUCUGCCGGCCCUAAUGCUAAUUCUUUGAGGGGAUUCGACGUAGUCGACACCAUUAAAUCACAACUAGAGAGUCUCUGUCCCGGUGUUUUCUCUUGUGCUGAUAUAUUGUCCGUCGCAGCUAGAGACUCCGUUGUCGCCUUGGGCGGACCUAGCUGGACAGUUCCAUUGGGGAGAAGAGACUCCACCACCGCGAGUUUAAGUGACGCUAAUACCAACAUUCCAGCUCCCACCUUGAAUCUUAGUGCCCUACUUACUUCUUUCUCAAACAAAGGCUUCAAUGCAAAGGAAUUAGUGGCUCUCUCAGGGUCUCAUACAAUUGGGCAGGCAAGGUGCACAACUUUUAGGGCAAGGCUUUACAAUGAAGCCAACAUAAACUCCUCAUUCGCAACAUCGCUCCAAGCAAAUUGUCCAAGCAAUGGGGGUGAUGCCAACCUUUCCCCGCUUGAUGUCACAACCCCAAACACGUUCGACAAUGCUUACUUCACAAACUUGGUGAGCCAGAAGGGUCUGUUGCACUCCGAUCAACAACUCUUUAGCGGCGGUUCCACUGACGCUCAGGUGAAUGCUUAUAAUAGCAACCCGGGAAGUUUCAGUACGGACUUCGCCAACGCUAUGGUGAAGAUGGGAAAUCUUAGCCCUCUAACGGGCACCAGCGGUCAGAUUAGGACCGAUUGUAAGAAGGUCAAUUGAGUUUACGGGACUAGAUUGAGCCCGGUUGCUUCCGAGCUUCUAUUUAGCUCUUGUUUUGAUUAAACUAGUGAAUUUGUGGACACAUAUAGAUCAAUAAAAUCAUCUGUUUUUGUC